AUGAAUCAAAGGUCGGAGACGGCCUCCCAUGGCCUUCUAUCCACCUACAAAGGCGCAAGCAUCGACAGCGAUGGAGAUCUCCGCUGUAAGUGUGGGUUUGACAUGCGCGUGUCCCAAGUGAAGAACAUCAAAAACCCCGUAUCUUGGGAGGGACUAGAAAGCGCAAGUCGGUGUCGUAUAUUCAUUUGGUACGACGAGCUUCCUCAGAUAAAACAUCUUCUACCCAGGUUUUCGGAGCCUGUGACACCGAAAAAGACAAUAGAUAUCCGGCGCUUUGGUGUAGUGACUCCGACUAGCACUUCGAAAAAGAAUUACCAAGAGACAGACAAGAACAUUUCGCCAAGUAAAGAAAGUAAUACAAGUGUCUCAGCGCAGGCGAGGAAACGAUUAUUUUCCAACCCUGAGCAAAGUCACAAGAAGCUGAAAGUAUUACGCACUCCACCUCGGUCCCCCAGCCCCACAGACUCCGAGAUCUUGGAUGAUCUUACCGAUGAUCCUGCAGAUAACUCUGCAUCCUCGACAUCAGGUGGAACUCAGAGAUCGAAGCGACGGAAAGAAUAUCAGAAGAGUGUCCUCGAAUCACCUACCAAGGCUAGAGCGCAGAAAGGGGAAUGGAAGCGAAACAAUAAAACAGAAGCGAAGGAAGAAGAUCUCCUUUCUGACUGGAGUGAUACUACCACGUCAGAAGCGAUUCGAAUUACUGAAAGACUUGAAUGA